AUGGCAAUCAACAUUCCCAGCACCCUCAAAGCUGCGGCUCUCAAACAAAUUGCCUUCAAAUGCGGCAUCUCAACUUCUGGCACCAAACCGCUCCUCAUUCAACGUCUCCAAGAUGAGCUUCCACAAAUUACUUCGACGAACACGAAAGGCUCGUCAGCCGACGCCAAACCUCUUCGCAUCUUAAGCAUUGAUAUGGGAAUCCGCAAUUUCUCAUUCUGUCUCCUCGAAAUUCCCUCCUCGAAAUCUACCUCCAAGUCGCGAUCUUCCAAAAAUAAUUCAAAUCCUACAAUUCCCAUCCCUAUCCUUCAAUCCUGGCAAAAGCUUUCUCUCCUCCCGCAAUCCCCUCCAAAUGCCGAUCCUGAAACCAAAGAAAAAACCCGCAACGAGUUUACUCCCUCCAUUCUCAGCACCGCAGCCUACUCUUUAAUUCGACAUACUCUUCUUCCUCUCUCCCCCACCCAUAUUCUGAUAGAGCGUCAACGCUUCCGCUCCAUGGGCUCCAAACAUAUCUUAGAAUGGACGAUUAGAGUAAACAUGCUAGAAAGUAUGUUAUGGGCUACUCUCAAAACAUUAGCUGAAGAGAAAGUAUGGAGCGGAGAAGUAAUUGAGAUUGCGCCGAGGAAAGUAGGGAGUUUCUGGGUUGAAGAGAGCGGAUUGUUAGAUGGAGAGGAGGAGAAGUUCAAGAAGGUUAGGAACACAAGGGAAGUGAAGGCGAGAACUAAGGGUGCCAAGAUUGAUUUAGUUAGAGGGUGGUUGGAAGCUGGGGAAAAUCAAAAUGGUGAUUUUCAGAAUCAUCUUGAAAUGGUACAGAUAGGUAGUCAACAGGUUAGAGAGGUGAAGGAGAGAUACACGGCAAAAUGGGAUAGGAAAGCUGGGAGAGCCAAGGGAUUCAAGGUUAAAAGUAAAACGAGAAACAACGAGGAUAAGGAAGAAGAAGAGACAAUAGCAGAGAAAGAGAAUGAGGUAAGUAAAUUAGACGAUCUGGCAGAUUGUCUAUUGCAAGGAAUGGCCUGGCUUAAAUGGCAGGAAAACAAGAAGAGGGCAUUAGAGGAGGGCGUACAAGUUUUGCUUGAAUGUUGA